AUGAGCGUUUCAAUCGGCAAUAAAAUCGAGGAUUUCAAGGUUCUCACCUUGCUCGGAAGGGGCUCCUUUGCAUGUGUGUACAAAGCAAAGUCAGUCAAUACGGGUUUGGAGGUCGCAAUCAAAACGAUCGACAAAAAGGCUAUGCACAAAGCUGGCAUGGUCCAGCGUGUCCGCAAUGAAGUGGAGAUACAGUGCCGCCUAAAGCACCCUUCAAUUCUAGAGCUGUACAAUUACUUUGAAGACAGUAACUAUGUGUAUCUGGUCCUGGAAAUGUGCCACAAUGGAGAGAUGAGUCGAUAUCUGAAGGACAGAAAGAAGCCUUUCACAGAGGAUGAAGCACGACACUUUAUGCAUCAGAUUGUGAAAGGCAUGCUGUAUUUGCAUACUCACGGCAUUAUGCAUCGGGACCUUACCCUGUCCAACCUGCUGCUCACCAGCAGCAUGAACAUUAAAAUAGCUGACUUUGGCCUGGCCACUCAGCUGAAGCUCCCCAAUGAAAAGCACUUCACCAUGUGUGGCACUCCGAACUACAUUUCCCCAGAGGUGGUGACCCGCAGUGCGCAUGGGCUCGAGUCAGACGUGUGGUCGCUGGGCUGCAUGUUUUAUGCGUUCCUGAUGGGCCGACCACCGUUCGACACGGACACGGUCAAGAGCACCCUCAGCAAGGUGGUCCUGGGGGAAUACGAGAUGCCUGCGCAUGUGUCCCUCGAGGCACAGGACCUCAUCACCCAGCUGCUGCGCAAGAACCCGGCAGACCGGCCAAGCCUACCAGCAUUGCUGGACCACCCAUUCAUGACCUGCCGCAGGCCCGGCACGGAUACGGGCUGCGGCCUGGCCGAGGCCUCCAUGGACAGUGGCAUCGCCACCAUCUCCACUGCCAGCGGCAGCCGGCUCCUUAGGAAGUCCCGGCAUGUGAUCGGCCCUGCCCUCCCCAACCGCCCAGUCCCCAUCCCCUUCGAGACGCGGCAGACGAACAACUCCGAUCCCGAGGCUGGGGAGCAGUGGCUGCAGGCACGUGGAGGCCAGCUGUCCCAGAGGACUGAGGAGUGCAGGCCACACUCACGAUACCUGAGAAGGGCCAACUCUUCGGUGGGCUCCUCCAUGGGUCUCUCCCAGGAUAGAGUGCAGCCAGUGCUGGAGAGGUGCCACUCUGUAGAAGUGCUGCAAGAUUCAGGGAGACCAGCAUUCCCCCUGCCGCCCAGGCACAGAAACACUCCCCAAGGUCUCAGUGAAUGCUGCACCUCCCCGCCGGUCAGGAUAACUGCUGAUGCCUCCCAGACGACCUCCAGGACCUCCAGAGAACGCACUGUGGACGGCAGCAAUUUCCAGUUUGCUUGUAUAGAUCGCUGUCUCCCAGCUCCCAGAGACAAGCUGAGCGCCGAUCCAGAGAAACCCACCAAGCAUGCACUUCCUCUCCUGUGUGCGGCCAGACUCAAGCCCAUCAGACAAAAGACCAAAAAUGCUGUGGUGAGCAUUCUUGAAACUGGAGAGGUAUGCAUGGAGUUGUUGAAAGGACCUAGCUCCCAGGAAAGGGUUAAAGAGGUCCUGAGGAUAUCAGGUGAUGGGUCAAUGGUCACAAUCUAUGAACCCAAUAAAGGCAUCGGCUUUCCUGUACAAGACCGCCCACCCACCCCACCUGAAGACAUUUUCAUCUGCAGUCAUGAGGAUUUACCAGAGAAGUACUGGAAGAAGUACCAGUAUGCCACCAAGUUUGUUCUGCUGGUGAAAUCAAAGACUCCCAAAGUAACCCUUUACACAAAGUAUGCCAAGUGCGUGUUGAUGGAAAAUUCCCCCAACGCUGACCUGGAAGUGUGCUUCUAUGAUGGAGCAAAGACGCACAAGUCAGCAGAGCUGGUGCGCGUGGUGGAGCGGACGGGGAAGUCGUACACAGUGAAGGGGGAAGCAGGGCUGAGCGGCCUGAGCCCAGAGAGCAAGGCCUACAUGGAGCUCACGGAUGAGGCCCAUCGUAUGUGUCUGGCCCUGGAGGCAGCCAUCACAGCAGAGGAGCAGAGAAGCACCGCAUCCAUUCCUUUUUUUCCUAUCACAGUUGGCAAGAGGCCUAGCAGCUCAUCCUCCCAGCAUGCACUGGGGUCAAAGGUACCUGUGACUCCUGAUGCAGCACAGGUCGGUCUGACGUCCCCCACCCAGCCCCCUCUCAUCACGCCAUCGAUGAUUUCCUGCGAUGGGUCUGCCCUCACUUCAGCCAGCCUGGUAAAAGGCCUCUCUCCAGUGUCCUCCAGGAAAGACAUCACAGGCACAGGGAAAGUGCUCAAGUCUGUCUUUGUACCAAACAUUGGCUGGGCCUCCCAGCUGACCAGCGGGGAGGUGUGGGUACAGUUCAAUGAUGGCUCCCAGCUGACGGUGCAAGCCGGCGUGGCUUCUAUUACUUACACUUCCCCUGAAGGGUGGACCACAAGGUACGAGGAGAAUGAGAAGCUUCCAGAGCAUGUUAAGGAGAAGCUGCACUGCCUGUCAUCCAUCCUUGGGCUGUUGGCCAGUCCAGCAGGUCGGCGCUGAUGAUCACCAAGUCUCACAGAAUCC